AUGCAGGGCCAAACGAAGAUGAUUAUAUUUGGCACGGUAUUAAUUGUAUACGCAAUUCAAAAUGGAGCACUGUCGCAAGAGCUCCCCUCUUCGUCCAAGUGCUAUAAUGACAUUAAGAAAGUAGGGGAAAUGUUUUGCACAAUGACUGGUCAGCAGGGAUUUAUGACUUUUUUUUGGCCGGACCUUGUGGUACUAUGCACGGACGCCUACUUAAACCUCAGCAUACCAUUUAAAGUUACAGGGAACAAAAUAGUUACAUGUCCUCAUGAAUUGAAGAAACAAUUUGAUGAGUGGGAGAAACGUUGGUCGCAAAAUAGGGAGUCUGCUAAGGAAGCUUUGUGCGAUCACACCGACGGAAAUUUUUGA